AGCGAGGACGCCAAAUCCACGCGAGAGCGAGCAUUUUUCUACUCACGCGCACACACAAUAAAACGUGCAAGAAAUCGGUGCUUUUUCUUGGCGUGCUCUUUGCAUGUGCGUGAGUGAGCGCGCGCGCGUGUGUGUGCGGCAGCGAGAGGACGUGUCGUAAUGAUAUAAAACUGAAAGGAAGGAAGGAAGGAUUUUUUUUUCACGCACACACACAGAAGGCUGCUUGUCGCUUUCCUGCCGCUGGAGUAAGAAUAGUUUCUCUCCGUUUUCGGACGAUCGUGGAUUGUGCCCCACUUUUGUCCCCUCAGGAGGAGUCGAGGGGACGCGAGGAAGCGCCGUUUGGGAUUGUUGUUGCUGUUUCUUUUUUCAUCUGGAAGAGAAUCUCCAUCGGUUUCCUGAAUAGAGAAGCAACAGAGGGAUUAAAACAUUCCUGGCCGGGUUACAUUGUGCGCUGUGCUAAGAAAGGCGGCUAUAAAUAGCCCCCUGCGCGAUUCUCAUAAACUAUCACAAGUGGUGCAUGGGAUCGUGAAGAAUCACACGCGUGUAAAAAUCACACUUGUGUUUGUUUUGUGGGGUGUUUUUUCCCUUGAAUUCAGAAGUUUUCCCCCCCUUUUUCUGGGCGUGCGUGCGGUCGUCGGUGCGUUGCGGCGAUGGAUUAUUAUUCCGAUUAUCACUACGAUGUUCGUCUCAGACUGAUCUUCUCCAAAUGGCGUGGAUGUGUCCGCCUGACCUGGAUUGGAAUCGUGUUUUGAUCCCCUUGUGUGGAUUAUUUUCAAUUUGACCAUGGGCUCAUCGUGCACUUCUUCUCUGUGAAUACGCCCCAUUAUUUGCUUCUCUUAUUUAUCCGGACCCCUUGUGAGGUUUUACGAUUGUCCCCCUCCCCUUCUCCUCGCUGUGUGUUUGUGUGGAGUGGACCCCACUUCAGGGACGGGACCCCCACUCUAUGUGUCAGCCCCUUGGGGUGUUGAUGUAGGAUUUCGACAUGCCUAACGCUGAGGAGGCAAAGCUGGGAGCAUUAUGACGACAACGACGAACUGGGUGGCGAACGGGGCAAGCCUUGAGGACUGCCACUCCAACAUCUUCUCCCUGGCGGAUUUGACGGGGAUCAAAUGGCGCUGCUACAACUUCCGUGGCGGCGGCGAGUACGGUCCGGUGAUAUCGGCGCCGGCCCAGGACGACCCGGUCCUGCGCAGCUUCAUGCGCUGCGUGCAGGCCAACCUGUUGUGCGUGUGGCGCCGCAAGAUCAAGCCCGAUGCCAAGGAGCUGUGGAUCUUCUGGUGGGGCGAUGAGCCCAACCUGUCAGAUGUCAUUCAUCAUGAGCUGGAAGUGGCCGAGGAGGGGCUGUGGGAGUGCGGACUGUCCUACGAGUGCAGGACCCUGCUGUUUAAGGCCGUACACAACCUGCUGGAAAGAUGUCUCAUGGACAAAGGAUUCGUGCGAGUCGGCAAGUGGUUCUUCAAGCCGCACCAACUGCAGGAAAAGUCUCUGGGCAGCAGUGAGCACCUGUCGUGUUCCUUCUCCUUCUUCCUGCAUGGGGAGAGCAACGUGUGCACCAGCGUGGAGAUCGCCCAGCACCAGCCGGCGUAUCACAUCACAGAACAGCACAUUCGCCUCGCACACACCUCCGUCGCGCCAAUACAAGUGAUCCUGAGCCCAUACGGUCUGAGCGGUACUCUGACGGGUCAAGCCUAUAAAAUGAGCGACCCGGCAGCACGCAAGCUGAUGGAGGAAUGGAGCUACUUUUACCCCAUGGUACUGAAGCGGAAGGCGGGAAGCGGCGAGGAGAACGUCGAGCCGGCCGAUGAUCGCAACGCUCACGUGGCCGUGGAGGUGGUCGUCGGUGGAGUAAGGAUGACCUACCCAGCUGCUUUUGUGCUGAUUGGCCAGGGCCAGCUGCCGGCGGAGCCACCUCCACCUGCUCCUGCAGCUCAGGGCCUCCUCGCCAGAGAGCAGAACCACUGCAGCGUGCCGCUCACGCCGCCGACAUCGCCGGAGCAGCCUUGCUCGGCGGACAGUGGAUUCGUGACCUCGGCCUCGAGUGUCCCAACGCCAGACAGCAGUCUGGGGGUCAGCAACCUCAGCCCAAAGCAUUCUGGGAAAAAGCUGACUUGUCAGGUGGUCCACCAAGCUUGGAGGGAGUGCUACCUCAGCCAGCCUCAGCACACACUUAAGCAGCCAGCUGACGUGACGCCCAAGAAGGAAGUGCCAAACGGAGUCACCACGUGGGAUUUCAAUGACGUCGGUGCGCGAGCGCCAUGCAGCUGCUCGAGGGUGAAGCAGCAGAAGUUGACAACCACCGCAAACAUCUCCAACCCCCAGAUCGGCGCCAAUCCGUCCUCCGGCUCGUCAUUAUACGCGUCUUCCAUACCCAAACACAAGACGAGCGAUAAGACUGAAAAGGCUGACAAACAAUCCAAGAGGCCGGCCAUGAUCCCCUUUCACCACCGUGUGUCUGUCACCCAAGAGACCUCUCUGGAGCAGGACUCCCCUGGGGGGGCCCAGCUCAGUGGUCUGGUAGCCCUGGAUCCACCCAUGGAGCCUAUGGCCACUCUGGGAAGCUGCAAGUAUCCCAAACCGCUCUCCAACGGCAGGAAAGCCCCGGAGUCCCUUCUCUUGUCGCCAAUGUCUCCGCUCCCUCCCACGCUUAGUCCACAUCCUCGGGUUCAGGACCCAGAAGUACUGGAAGGGCCCCUGGACAUGCACGUAUGUCAGGAGGCAGCGGCGGGCAUGGGCUUGAUGACCAGUGAGACGGCAAUGUUCAUGGCCCUGCUGAAGCAGAGAGAGAACGGGGCCGGCUGGUGGAGAGGCUUCCGGACUCCCAGGACUGAUAAGAUGGAUUUCAGACCUCCAGAGGUCUUGGCUGAUAAACUAGAGGAAGGGAAGACCGAGGCGAUCCCCGAGGGAACUGCUCUAAAGAGACUUUACACACAGACGCAAAAGAGAUUUAAAAUCUCCGACGAGAGAUUGCGGGACCACGUCCAGACGCUGGGCCUGCUCCAGCAGCCGGUCGUGGAGGCUCUGCGCGAGCCAGGGGAAGACCCUUACGACUUCAAGGAAGGUGACAUCGAGUACACCUUCUCCACUUCCAAGAGAUUAAAGAGUCAAGGGCGAGAAUCCAGCAAGAGAGCCAAGAGUGAAGAAAUCACCAGCAAUGGCAACCUGCCAGAUGGAAAAGAUGCGAUGUCCAUUUUCAACUCUGCUCCUAAAUCAGACGAGUCCAGUCCGGACGAUGCCGCUGCCAAAGCCAAUCCUUCUCUGACUCGAGAAAAAGACCUGGUGGUGAACAUUUCGGAUCUGGACAACAUAUUCGAUGAAGAUGAGGAGGAGCUUGGGACGGUUUACCCCAACCAGCACUCAACCAAAGUCACAGUAUCCACCGAAGAUCGUCCUCUGAGUAAAGAAGGCAGAGCAGCAGUUCCUUAUCCAUCGACAGUAGCAGACCUGCAACGUAUGUUCCCCACGCCACCUUCACUGGAGCAGCAUCCGGCCUUCUCGCCCAUCAUGACGUACCGCGACACGCCCAGCCAGGAGCCCCCCUCCGCUCCCGGCGGAGCGCCCGACCACCUCGUGCCGCUCGCCGCCAGCCAGCUGCCUGAAUUCAGGAUGGAUCUGGAGGAAGGCAUGGCUAGUCCUUGGCAAGAAGACUUCAAGACACAAGUGGUCUCCUCCAUGUUUGCACCACUUUCCUGCCUACCCAGUCAGAGUUUACCACCGCUUAAGAUUCCCGAGCAGUGCUACUACCGCCCGUCUUGGUCGCUCCUGCCCAAAAUGGAGCACAUCCCAGCCGCCAUGCACGCUCAGAGCAGCGGUUUCGUCAGGGAUGGAUACACAAAUAUCCCAAGCGUCAGCGCUCUGACAGAACAGGACUACAACCAGAUGAGCGGCACCACAGCUUCCGUCAGCACCACCGUGGGCAUCCUGCCCUCCCCGGCCACGCCUCGUUUCUCCGUGCCCACCCCACGCACCCCUCGCACGCCGCGGGGCAUGAACCCCGCCAGCUCCGGCCAAGGUUCCGUGAAGCAGGACGGCACGGAGCUGAGCUCGCCCGCUUCGACCCCUUCCACCAGCCUGCCUCUUAGCUCCGUGGAGCCCCUGGCCCGACCUCGACCUUGCCUCCCCGAGAGCCACAGCCUGUACACCAUUCUGCUUCUGUCGGACUCGGUCCUCAACGUCUUCAAGGACCGCAACUUUGACAGCUGCUGCAUCUGUGCCUGCAACAUGAACGUGAAGGGGGCGGACGUCGGGGUGUACAUCCCCGAUUCCACCUGCGAGGAUCAGUACCGCUGCAUGUGCGGCUUCAGCGCCAUCGUCAACAGGCAGCUGGCCCACGGCACCGGCCUCUUCCUGGAAGAUGAACUGGAUAUUUACGGCCGCUCCUCCGAGAUCGGUCGGGCCGCCGAGAGGAGGCUGGCUCUCGGCCGGCGGGAGCCGACAAUGGGCGACCCCAGAGCCAAGCGGCCUCAGGAUGCGGCGCCCGCCUCGCCCUCGCUCAUGGUCCUGCUUCAGGAGCAGUGCUCGCAGCCCAUUUCUUCCCUCGCCUCGCUGCAUCUUCCCCACGGCUAUUCCAGCUAUUCCCGCAAGGGGGUGCUGCUCCAAAGUUGGCUGUCGGAGAAGCAGUGGGUGGACGGGAGCGACGCCUGUGUGGAGUGUUACAAUGCCUUGGAGCAGGGGCUGCAGUAUGUGGACAACUCCACGGGGGGCAAAGUGGAUCCAGCUGUUGUCAGAAGUACAGCUCUCCAUCCUUGGCCUCACACCAAUGUGGCGGACAUGAGCAUGUUGUCGUCCCAGGACAUGGUGCGCUUGCUGCUGUCCUUGCAACCGUUCCUGCAAGACGCCAUCCAGAAGAAAAGAACCGGGCGGACUUGGGAUAAUAUUCAACACGUUCAGGGCCCACUCACCUGGCAGCAGUUCCAUAAGAUGGCGGGCAGGGGCUCGUAUGGUUCUGAGGAGUCCCCAGAGCCCUUGCCCAUCCCCACCGUCCUGCUUGGCUAUGAUCGAGAACGGGACUUCCUGGCGCUGUCCCCUCUGGCCUUGCCCUUCUGGGAGAAGCUCUUGCUGGAGCCUUACGGGGGUCAACGAGAUGCGGCGUACGUGGUGCUCUGUCCCAAUAGCCCCCCGCUGUUGGCCGCCGCCCGAGCCUUCUUCCAGGAGCUCAGCGCUGUUUAUGAGACAUGUCGUCUCGGAAAGCACCGUCCUCUGGCCAAGGUGUCCCGGGAUGGGAUCGUCCGCGUGGGAGAGGAGGUGGAAUCUGAAAGGCUGGAGGAUCUGGAUGUGGACCAGUGGUUGAGCGGUCCCUGGGCUGGAGAGCAACACAUGGACAACCUCAGCAAACUGAAACUUUAUGCCUAUGCCUGUAAACUGCAACUAGGACCCCAGUUGUCAGUCCUGCCUCUGGACAGCACGCUUCUCUUGCCACCCAGAAUCCAAGCAUCCGCCUCUUCAGCGCAGCCCGCCUCCUCCGGCCAGCCUCAAACAUGGGCAACCGAUGCAGAAGCAGCUUCCGGGGCUCCCGGGGCUGGAGGCUCAGCCACUCCAGGCGCAACACCUUCCAGCCAGACGGCGGAGUUGACGCCUGGGGGCUCUGGCGAGUCCAAAGGCCCCUUGAGUGGCGCACCAGCAGCCAACACACCAGCAGAGAACUCUGACCCCACCACCGAGCAGUCCAGAAUCGGCAUCCCGACCGGCCCAGACUCCACGGACAGCCGCACCAACCCACCCGCCAUCGUCGUUUACGUCGUGGACGCUUUUCUUAGCCCGACAGGCAUGCGGAGCGAAGGAGGGGAGGAAGAGGAAGGUGACGAAGUCGAGGCGGAGAGCGUGUGGCUGCUCGGGCUUCUUCGCUGCUACACGGAAAUGCUGCAGACUCUGCCCGAGACCGUUAGACCUGCACUCGUUCUCCAGGUGGUGCCAUGCCAGUACCUCCUGCAGCCCGCCAGCGGGGAGAGCCACUUGUACCUGCAGCACUUGCGCUCGCUGGCCUUCUCAUGCUACUCGCAAUGUAGACGCCUGCGGCCCCAGCACACGCACAUCAAGUCCCUGACCGGUUUUGGCCCAGUUUCCACCGUCACGUCGGUCCUCAAGAGCCCAGAUCAUCCCAGCCCAGUGCACUUGUACUCGCCCCCCUUCAUCCUCGGGCCCACCCGGCCCAAGCAGCCAGAACAAGGAGAGAUUUGGGCCGAAGUCCCUCCCAGGUACAACGUGCUCUUUGUGGGGUACUGUCUGUCACAUGACCAGCGCUGGAUCCUGGUGUCGUGCACGGACCAGCAAGGAGAGCUGCUAGAGACGUGCAUCAUCAACGUGGACGUUCCCAACAGGGCACGGCGCCCGAAGGUGUCCGCUCGGAAGAUGGGUCUGCAGAAACUGUGGGAGUGGUGCGUUGGCAUCAUCCAGAUGACCUCAUUGCCGUGGAGGAUUGUGAUUGGUCGGUUAGGGAGACUGGGCCACGGCGAACUUAAAGACUGGAGCUCGCUCCUCGGGGAGCACUCGUUGCAUUCGAUAGGGCGCCAGCUCAGGGAGGCGUGUCGCAUGUGCGGCAUCUCGGCGGCGGACACCCCCUCCAUCCUAAGUGCCUGCCUGGUAGCCAUGGAGCCGCAGGGCUCCCUCGUGGUCAUGCCCGAUGCCGUGACGAUGGGCUCCGUGUUCGGCCGCAGCACCGCCUUGAACCUGCAGACGUCGCAGCUCAACACGCCUCAGGAUGCCUCGUGCACACACAUCCUCGUCUUCCCGACGUCCGCCACCACCCAGCUGGCGCCGAGCUCCUACCCCACUGAGGACAAUAACGACGACAUGUUCGACUUGCCCUUUCCUGACGAACUGGAGAACGACAUCGGCCAUGACAUGAUGCUGAUCACGGGUAACCUCCAUCCUUCGCCCAACACCUCCCCUGUGCCGUCACCGGGCUCUCCAUCCGGAAUGGGAUCCCACUUUCAACACACCAGGAGCCAAGGGGAGCGCUUACUCUCCAGAGACAAUCCUCCGGAAGAGCUGAAGCAGCAGCCGCUGGCUCUGGGCUACUACGUCUCCACAGCGCAAGCGGGUGGACUCCCGCAUUGGUUCUGGGCCCCCUACCCUCAAGCUGAGAACCAAUGUCCUCUCUUCCUCAAGGCAUCGCUCCACCACCACAUCUCCAUGGUCCAGUCCGAUGAGCUAGUGGCAGACAAGACAAAGAGGACCCCUCACCCGCUGGACUCAAAAACCACCUCAGAUGUGCUCCGAUUUGUGUUGGAGCAGUACAAUGCACUGUCCUGGCUGACCUGCACGCCUGCCACCCAGGACCGGCAGUCUUGCCUCCCCGUCCACUUGGCCGUGCUGGUCCAGAUGUACAACGCCAUCCUCAACAUGCUAUAGCCGUGUGCUCCUGCCUCCUCGGCCCACUCAACCCACCCGUCCGUCCGUCCAUCUCAGAGACCCAGGGCCUGGAAUGUAAAUCAGAGUGACAAGAUGCAGUGUCAGUAGAGAAAGAAAAGUCCAACUGGCAGUCACGGUGCUUUCCCAUGGAGAGAAACUGCAGCUCUCGUCAGAGCUUUUUUCUUUCAACAAACGUUCGCAGAACAAAAUUUCAUACCUGUAAUAUUGUGCAUGGCAACACGUGCACAUUCGAGGCAUUGUUGUGUCGUUUCUUUACCUUUUUUUGUGUACAAAAAAAAAGCACUGUUGGAAGGUUAUCUUUUAACACCGACGGGGGAGCGUUUGCAGACGGCACUUUUUCGUCACCUUUCAAAGGGUUAGACAGAAGCAAUGGCGGUACAAAAAAUAUGAAGACAGGCAGGGCUGUUCAUAAUGUAAAACAUUUGCAAAGAAUUUAAAGUUAUUUUGUCAUAUUUAAAAUGAAAAAGGAAAAAAAAAAAAAAAAAGGCCUUUUUAUUCCCAAACAUUAAAUAAAUCGCUUGGGAUCUGAAAUGAACAUUGUCAAUUUAAUGCAAUAUUUAUACAAAUUAUAUCAUGUGAUAGAAUUUGAUAUCUAUACGUAUAUACUUAAUAAAUAUAUAUUACCUCUUCCAAACAGGCACUUAAUGAAAAGAAAGGGUGAUGGACACAAAUCUCUUAAAUGGAAACAGACUGAACCUCAAUUACACAAAAACAAUAUAGUUUGUUUUAAUGCCCUUCAAUUAAAAACAUGAUAGAGAUAUUUAUAACGAAACAAAUCUUUGAACUAGGCAAUCGAACAAGUUAAACAAAAAUGACACUUGAUUUGUCGCCCAGAUGAUGUCAAGCGAAUCACGAGAAAGUCCCAUUCUCUCUUCACUUUGUUACAAUCUGAGCAUGUUUGUAUUAUACACCACUCAGCUGUGUUUUUCUGGAAUUUUCUAAAGCUGUAAAUUUCAAGCUAUUGUUUUUUUUUGCAGUGAGCUUUUAUACAUAUAUAUAUAAAUAUAAACAGAUACAGUGUCAUUUACUUCCAGCCAAAAAUGUGGAAAUUGCCAAGUGAGCGCUCACAAAUUGUACAGACAAAUGCAAGUUUGCAAGACUUUGUUACGUCGGUCAUGAAUUUGAAUAUGGAACAGAUCCACACAAGUGGGAGAUAUCUGUUACUUUUACACUAUUUUUUAAAGUAAAUUAUUAAAAGGCUUUCAAGUGA